AUGGAUGAAAUUUCACCACGUAAUUCGCCAAGACGUCCUAGUGCAAAUAAAACGGACAUUAAUCAGACAUUAAAUUUAGUUUUGGAACAAUUGAAAAGUCAGAAAUUUGGUUGUGAGGGAGAUUUUUUGAGUUGUUCAGAUGUUGCUGUCUCGAUAAAAAAUGAUCUUCUUGAAUGCGGGUUUGUUCCAAAAGCAGAAAAGUCUUUAUGGGUUCCUGUGCAAAUCAUAGAGUUUCUUGGUAAUACUCUUGAUAGCACCAUAAAUAGUAUUUAUAUACCAGAUAGAAGAAUACAGAAAGCAUUAAAUACUCUUUCAGAGAUAGAAUAUUCGUUAAAGAAACACAGACGGUUUCAUGUGAGAAAAUUGGCUAGUUUUGUUGGACAAAUUAUUUCCAUGUCGGUUGUUAUAGGUCACAUUUCUCAAAUAAUGACUAGGUAUUUGAGUAUAGAUAUAGCCGCCGUACAAUCGUGGGCAUCUUAUAUACAAUUAAAUUGUGGUAGUAUGACUCAACUCAAAUUUUGGAAAGAAAAUUUACAAGUAUUGAACAUAAGUAAGAUUAAUGUUGAAGAUUUUUUCACUAAAAUAGUAUUUAGUGAUGCCUCCGGAACGGGAUUUGCCGAUUAUGAGGUAAAAACUGUAAAUGGUGUCGCUCAAGGUCAGUGGACAAAUGAUGAACAGGUUCGAUCCUCUACUUGGAGAGAACUUACAGCAGUUUUCAGAGUUAUGCAGUCCAUUGUACAUGUUUUACGAGGACACAAGGUUAAGUGGUUUUCUGAUAACCAGGCUGUUAGCAGCAUUGUUAAAAAGGGUUCGAUGAACGUUGAGUUGCAAACAAUUGCAUUCAGUAUAUUUACAUAUUGUUUAAAGAAUAGUAUUGUUUUAGAUGUUGAAUGGAUUCCGAGGGAGGAAAAUGAAAGAGCCGAUUAUCUGUCAAAGAUUGUUGACAAAGAUGACUGGGGCAUAUCUUUUCAUAUUGUACGCUUGAUCGAAAGCAAGUGGGGUAAUUUAGAGGUAGACUGGUUCGCUUCAGCUCAUAAUAGUAAAUUACCUGUAUUUUAUUCCCAGUUUUGGAAUGAAAGGUGUUCAGGCGUGGAUGCAUUUUCGGAAUUUUGGGGUGGUAAAUUUGGGUUGUUCGUGCCAACCAUCAUUACAGUUGCUAGGGUAUUAAGAAAAAUGCAGUCAGACAAAAUUAGCGGUGUAUUGAUUGUACCGUCAUGGUCUUCGGCAAAUUUUUGGCCGUUAUUAUGCGUGGGUGGCAGAUUUAUAUCCAAUGUUGUAGACUGGAUCGAGUUGCCUACAAAUAAAGAAAAUUACACUGCAUGCAUUAAUGGCGCAGGCAUUUUCGGAAAUGAAAAAUUGAAGUUUAAAAUGUUAGCACUACGACUAAUAUUUUAG